GAUUUUCCACUGAAAUACACAUAAAUAUAAUUUUCUUCAUUUCUUAUUCUCGUGUUGAUAAACUGGGCUCUUUUAUCGUGCAGAAUGUCAGCAACACAGAGAGUUCAGCAAUGGGCGACUUUUGCUCGCACCUGGCAUGUAUUUGACUGCACCUGGCAGAAUCCCUUUGAAUCAGCACAGCUGCUCCGGAAGUAUCUAUUGGGGCUUCACAAGCCCAUUUACCACCCAAUGAAUGAGAGUGGAGAUCAUGUAGUGGCGAUAAACACCAAGGAAAUCGCUCUUCCUGGUGAAGAAUGGAGAAAACGCGUAUACUUCCACCACACAGGCUAUCCGGGAGGGGCUUCCUGGACACUGGCGUGGGAGCUGCACGAGAAGGACCCCACAAUGAUCGUUAAGAAGGCAGUUUACACUGCAAUGCGAGGAAAUCUCCAGAGGCGACACACAAUGCAGAGACUGCAUCUCUUCAAGGAUGGCAACAUCCCUAAGGACAUCUUGGAGAACAUCUCGAAUCAGAUCCCGUCGCCCAGAAAGGUUCCGGAGCGCCUGGAUAAGAUGGAUCCGGAAACAGUGCGAACCUUCCCGAAAAUCAUGGAUUGGCCCAACAGUUACAUCCUGAAGUAGUGCUUCGUUGCUGAAUUUGUAGAAGAAUA